AUGAGGUUCGAUCCGAAAAGACUGGUUGAUGCAAAGAAGAAAAAGCAAGAUUCAACUGAUCAGCCUACUCCUAAGAGGAGUAAGGAGAUUGCUGCUCCAUCAAAAUUGACUGCCAUCCAAUCAUCACCCAAGGAAAUAAUAAUAGACAUGGAUGUUGCACCAAUCUUGAUUGUAUCGCUGGUGAAAUCAAGCUGGCAAUCUACCAAGGUGGCCCACCCACCUCCAAAAGAAUCCAUGCGGCCAAUGCAGCUUGCUCAAUGUGCACUUGAUAUGGUUCUUAAAAAUAAGAAGUCCUUGGAAGAGAGGCUCAAGGUUGAAAAGGAGGCUAAGAAAGCAGUCAAAGAGGCCAACAAAAUGAUCGAGGAGGCUAAGAAGGCAGCAGAAAAGAAGGCUAUCAAGGAAAGUGAAAUAACAGAGGGGUUGAAGAAACAACUUCAGAAAAAAAUGGACUCCCUAAAGGAGAAGAAUAAGCAGCUUUUGAAUAAUCAGUGUCAAAUGAAUGAUCAAGAUGAGAAGUUGUAA